AUUUAUUAUUAGACAUAGUAAAGAAAAAUAAGCAUAAUGAGCUGGCAAAAUAUAGAAGUUACUUGUGGAUUUGGCAGUGGAGAAGAAACUACGAGAUUUGGUCCGCGGCAAGAAACUGGAUCAAGUCUUUAUCAAGUGGACACAGUUGCUUGUAUUUCAAACAAGAAUAUAUGUGACACUAAACCAUUUCUUUUAUCUUCAUCAUGUUUGGAAAGAAUGGCUUUGGUUAUUGAUGUAAACAUAAUAAUAUUUGAUGAAUCUUGUUCUAAACACUUAUGUACAUUUACUGCAGAUUCAUUAAUUGAUGCAUUUGGUUGGGCAGACGGCGGAGACUUUUUAGUUUUUGCAGACAGAUCUGGUUUUCUUCAUUUCACUCAUAUUGGAACACAGCGAAUAAUCUUUACAAAGAGACUAGCCAAAGGGCAUAUCACAAAACAAUGCUUUUCUUCCAUUUCUUUCAUUGAACAGCCGAAUGGAAAUGGUUUAUUUGAGCUAUUUAUUGUAACAACCGAUGGAGAGGGUUUCAGAUUUUCAAACAUAAAUCUUGAACAAUUAAACUUAGCCAUUUUGGAAAACAAUAUUGAAUUAGCAAGCAAGAUUCAGUCUGAUAUGAAAUUGUUUCGAUUCAAUUUAAGUGAAUACCACAAUUUUAUUUAUUCUGUUACAUAUCAGAGAAAUGAAGAAGAAUGUUCACUUAUAGUUGCUGGAGAUGGCGAUUUUAAUAUGAGUGAAUGGUUAGUAGAAGACGAAGGAGUACUGCUAAAUGACUUCACUCAAUCUAUUAGAGAAGUUGGGUUCAAAAAGAAUCUAGUUAGCCCUGAUAGUCAGUACAUUGUAUCUCUGGAUCUUGAGAACAAUAUCAGUUUAUGGACGAGAAAAAAUUUUAUAUUCAUUGAUUGCUUGCAAGAACUAAAAGUUGAAGACUUUAAUUUAUUUAUUACGAGCGCUGUUGAAACUGAUUGCAGCGACAAAAGCAGUAAAGCUAAAGAAGAUUUGAAAAUUGUUUUACUUACAGUUCCACAAAACAAGAAAAGAAAGCUUGUUGUUUUGUCAUUACCUACAUUUGAGCAUGUAUAUACAUUGACUGUUUCAGAAUGUACAGUUUUAGCGGUUCUACCUUCUCAACAGGAUAAUAUGAUGUUUAUAGAAGGUGUUCCAAAUGAAAAUUUAGACGACAGUAUUGAAUGUGAAAAAGAUUUGUCUCUUGUGGGUACAAUAAGAAUUCGUUCAUUGAUGGAAGCAAUACCCCAAAAUAGAUUUUCUCGUCUUCUACAUAAAAAAAAGUUUUCAGAAGCAGAGGAUUUUGCAAAAAUGUUUAAUUUGGACAUUGAACUCGUUCAUAAAGUACAUAGUAUUUUUAUUCUUGACCAAUUAUCACCUUGGGAUGCAAAUCUGAAUAGUCAAGAUGAUAGUUUCUAUUUAGGUCUUAUGAGCAAGCUCAAAGUUUGUCUCGACAAAAUUGAGGAUAUGGAGCAUGUCGCAAAUUGCUGCUUACAAGCUCAACUACCUACACUCAGUGCUACAUUUGAUCUUUUAAACUAUGCGCAACAAAAGGUCAAUUUCAAAUCAAGAACAUUUACAAAAUCAUCUGCUUUGUUUCAAGCUUUAUUAGAUGGUAUUAAUCGUUUGGUGACAUUUGAUGUGGCAUUUGGUUCUUCUCAUUUUACAGGAAACUCUUGGUCUGCAUUUUUGUCUUCUUCACUUCUUGAUGAAGUAAUUAAAUGCUUCACCGGGUUAAAUAACAAUGCUGGGAUAAUUAUUUGGAGAAGACAUCAGAGUGAAUUUGAAAAGUAUUUUACUGAGGCUAAACUGCAACAGAUUCUUCACUCCCUCGAAAAUACACCAUCUAAAAUAAUUAUUCCAUGGCUCAGAGAAGACUUUGUUCCAUAUGUUUUAACUGUUCUUCCAGAUGGUCAGUGCUUGCUUGCUAGUUGGUUAGAAAGAAUCGCAAGAGAUUUGGAAUAUAAAGAAAAAGAAUCAUGGCCUGACAAUGCUUUGGAUUUAGCAGAAGUGAUGUACAAAGCAUUUUCAAAUCUAAGUCAAUCAACACAGGGCAGAGGGGUUGCUACACCAAUGCAGUUUGCUACAAAAAUUUGCAAACUAAGCAUACCUUACUUUGAAGGUACUGAAGAAGAUCCAGAUAACUUGCCAGGUCUUCGAAAUUCAAUGAAAAUGUUAGGAAGCCUGGUAAAGAGUUUACGUGAAGUCAAGUCAUUACAUCAUGAAUAUAACUGCAAAUUAUCUUUGGAUCAAUAUUUGUCUGAAAAUACAAAACAAAUUACAUUCAGAUUGUUGAACAGAAUUGCAGCUGCUGAAUUGAUUCCACAAACAAUAAAGAAAUAUGUCGAACCUUAUGUAACAAAAAAUAAUUUGAAAUUAGAAAACAUAUUACAUGAAUAUUUGAUAGAACUUGUUGAUAUGAAUAUUCAACUUGCUAGUUUGUGGGAGCCAAAAGUCAUCGCUAUCAUUAAUGAAAUAAAAAAUAAAGAGAAAAAAUGUGAAGCAACACUAAAGUUGAUGAUGAAAGCACAAACACCAUGGAGCGAAAGUGUUGUCAAUUUAGUUACUUCAAUGCUUAAAAUAUGUCCUGAAAAUAAAAACUUGUUGCGCCAGUUUCAAUUUGCAGAACUUCGAAAAAUGGUUGCUGGUUAUAACAUUCGAGAUACGAAUUUUGCAGACAUUUCCAAAAUCGAGGAGGUUGUAAAAUACAUGUUUAAUACAAACAAACUUGAAGCACUAGAUGAUGCCCUCAAGAUUUGUAAAUACUUUCCAUCUGUUACAAAGGCUUAUGUUUAUUUUCUUCGAAUUCAGUCAUGGAUUUUAAGUAGCAAGAUUUAUGAGUCCUGCAAGUUAAUAGAAGACUUGGAUAUUGAAGAUGCCAUCAAUGUUGCAAACUUUUGCUUGGUAUGGUAUAACAGCUGUUUUCAGCCAAUUGAUGAAGAGGAUAUGGUUGAGCAAAUGAGUAUUACAGAAGCUCUUAUACUGUUACUUCAUUCUGUUUCCAAACUUAGUAAAAGUUUCAAAAAUGAUUUUCAAGUAAUAAUGACGAAGUUGAAAAAUAUAUACUGUUUACAAAAAGAGUUUGGAGUGUUCUUAUCUCUAACACAAUAUGAUGAUAGUUGUUAUUGUAAUGAGUUAAUUCGAAAUUUUGUAUUAAAGCCAAAGCAUCAUUCUAUGUGCGAAAGUUUUGAUUAUAAGUCUAUGAAGAAAGAGUUUUCUCGUGAAAGCCAAAUAAUACGUUUUGCAGAUUUAUUGCAAAUGAAUGGAGCAAAUUAUCACUCAUUGCUUAUAGAUGUUUACAUAGAAAAUCAAAAUUAUGAAGAAGCUUUUAAACAUGUUUGCAAAUUAGUUAAAGAACAAGAAUCAGGAAUUUUUUACCAGUCUCUUCCUCAAGAAAAUUUAAAAAUUCUUUUUAAAAUGGCAUAUGUGUUAGUGCAGAGUUCUAAAUUUAAUUGGGUAAAAGGAGCCAAUGAUUUGCAUGACUUUACAUCUGUUGCCCUAACUUUGUGCAAAAAAGAUAGCAUUUGUGAUUAUCUAGCAAUGUGUUGCUUAAUGCGUUUUGUUGAUUUACUUGGAUCACAAUGUGAAAGUUCAGAUUAUCAAGAUGAUCCUAAAAAAGUUGAAGGUUUAAUUCAUGAGUGGAUUCUUGACGAGUAUCAUGAUGAUAGUCUGGUCAUAUCUUCAUCUGCAGUCCUUCCUCUGAUGCAAAAUCUUGUUUCUUUGAGUAUUUUUGUUCCUUCUGAAGAUGUAUUGCUUUAUGAUUCAACUCGAUUGACUGGCAGUGGUGUUCAAUGUAGCGUUAAAGAAAACAAUCAAGGUGGAACAACUACUAUUCCAAAAAUUUUGGAGUUGAUUAAAACUCUUCAUGGAGUCAAUGAAUUGUUAUUAGAAAAUAACCAACAAGAACUUGCUUUACAACUUUUAAUGCUUGGAGUAUCAAUAUGUGCCCAGCACGCUUCAAAUCUUCAAAUGGGUAUUCCGAUCGAUAUUGAAAAUGAUGCAUCUUUAGUAGAGAUAGAGAAAUGUAUUGAAAUUGAGUUAAAAGCAGCCCAAGUUAUUCUUGAAAAAGCAGAAGUAAAGCUCACAGAAUCGUGCUCAAAUCUUGUCCGCUCUAUUCUUGGACAUCGUGUUGUUGAUCACGAUUUAGCUUUAUGCUAUUUAGAUCCACUUUCAUUAAAAGAGGGAACUCAAAUUUUAUUGCAAUUGAAAAAUAAAUUUGGUAGCAAGUAUAAUAGAAUUCAACAUAUUGCGCAGGUUGGUGUAGAUUUUGCAGCUCUUCAAAAUGAUAUAAACUUGAAGAAAAAAUGUCAUGCAUUUAAAGAAUCUGCAGUGUGGGGUCGUAAACUUCAAACACUAAGAGUCCCUCCUCCAUGGAAUAUUUAUUCUGUCAACUCGGAUCCUGUUGAACGUCAAAGAAUUUUAGAAAUCAUAGUGCAGCAUAAAGAUAUUGAUUUAUCUUCUAUUUCAUUAUAUUGUCAAUCUUUUAGUUUUGAUGAAGAAAAAGCGUUACUCAUGUAUAUUGGAAAUCUUCUUACACCUACAAAUUCUAUGAAGCCACAGUUUCACAGUAACUAUCAAGAAAAAAUCGAUGAAGCUAUUCAUAUUUUACGCAAUUAUGAAAAUCUUGAAAGGUUUAUGAACAAUGCUAUUAUAAAGAUUAGUCCUUAUGAUUAUGAGCGUUUGGCUUAUACGUUUAAAAAAAUUGCAGACGUUACUGAAAACAAUGACCGCAAAAUCACCUGUGAUGAUAACAUCAGGCUUUUAGAAAUGCUCUCUGAGUAUAAUCGCACAGCAACAGAUAUAUGUUACAACAUGGAAUCUGCAACAAUGGCUGAUGAUCUUGAUGAAGAUCAGAUUUUGUUGGGAAAGUUAGUUCCACCUGAAGUUGUUAAAAAGAGAUUACCUUUCCAUCCACUUAUUAAAAGCAAGAUUCAAUGGAGUGUUCUUGAUUCUGAGUUAACUUCCGAAAAAAAUUUAUUGCAACUUGAACCUAUUGCUAAUAUGCUUAAGUUAAAUACAGACCAAAUGUUUGCAAAAGCUGUUCAGAACAUCGCUGGUCCAAAUCUGAUGAAAAAUCAGCAACAGUUGGAAGGACGAUCAUUUGAGUUUGAGUCCGUUGAAAAUAUUUUGAAUAUGAUUAAAAAUCACACUGUAAUGAUAGCAGCAGCUAAAUGGUUGGCAAAAUAUUUGCCGCGAGGAACUGAAAAAACAAAAGUUUUAGAAGCUAUUGUUAAACGAACAAGUGUUUUGGUUGCAGAAUCUAAUGGAGAAAUGCAGUUAGAAGCCAAAAAAGCUCAGCAAAAAUUUAUUGGAAUGUAUAAAAGGGUAUCUAUAGAAGGAGCUUUGAUUGAACAUGGUAUUACAGAUGAGAAGUUCUUUAUGGUUUCUUCUGAUGCAGCAAAGUUAGUUAUGAUGCUUUAUGAAGAGUAUGGUGAUAAAGCUAAAUUUGAAACUGGAAAGCUUGUUGGUGCUCCAGAGAUAUACAGCUUAGCAAAAAUUAUCAUCAAUAUAAGUGGUGAUGUUGAACUGCAAAAGAUACAUAUGCACUUGGUCAAUAAAUGGCUUCCAUGUAUACGAUUGCCAUCAAGUCAAAAUGAUGAAGAUGAUAUGAUGGAUUCUACUUCAAACGUUGAAGCUGUUCGUAAAGAAAAUGAAAGAAAUUUAAGAAGAGUAAUUUAUGUGCUGGCAAGUUCAUUUGAUUUGAACUACAUCAAAAUGCUUGUUAUGGCUAUUUACAACCAGGAAAGUGAGCUGACAAAUAUGUGUAGAAUCAGAGCUAUGCAAGUAUUGUUUACGUUGGUUGAUAUAUCUGUCAUAAAAAGGGAAGUGCAAAUGGAUAUUGAAAAUAUUUAUGAAAAAUUGGUUUCAUGCAUAUAUUUAUCUGAACUUGAAAACUUACAUAGCAGCCAAUCAGAGGAAGCAUUUAUAAGAUCUAACAAAGAAACACUAGUUAAGGGUCUCUGGAGAAAUCACAGUCGUGAGCCCCUAGGUAUUAGACUUAUUUCAGAUAUCUGUUUGGACUAUAAAAUUUAUGAUCCAAGUUUGUGGAACAGUCUUCUUAUUAAACUUCUUUCAUUUGACAUGAUAUCAUAUUUAACUCACGUUCUUGUACUUUUAUCUGGUGUUCUCGAGCUAAGAGAAAUACCAUCGCUAACUAAAACGUGGAAAGCUGUGAUAAUUUCUCCAUUUAACUCUGCAUCGUCGCCAUUAUCAUCAGAUGAAGAAAAGGCUUGUUUACAAGCUUCACAGCUACUUACAAGAUGUCCAGUUAUUCUUGACAUUGGUCUUCCUGAAAUUGCAGAAUUGAGGAAGAAGUUUAUAACUAUGUAAACAAACACAAUCUAUUUGUCAGUUUAAAUGGCUCAGCCCAUUUUGAUAAAAUGAUUGGCUAUUUAAUUCGAUCUCAAAAAAUCAACAAUUUGCUUCUCAAAACUAUUACCUCUGGGAACCUUAAAAAUGCAGUAGAACUUAUAACUCUUUAUGCAUCUUUCUAUCCAAAGUCAUUGGUUGCACAAAAAAUCAAUGAAGGUUUAGACGCAAAGCAUGCUUUAUUGGUAUAUCUUCAAGAGCAAGGUCUUCUCGCAGAAACGAAAAAGUAUUUUACCUCGCAUUUUAAACCGGACUGUGAUGAGACAAGCCUAAUAGAGGGAUCGUUUAAUAAUAAUAACAGUCAUUUGUUUAAUUUAACGGAAACACGAUAAACUUUAGAAGAAAAACAGUUGCCUACAAAAUAACGUUAAAGGAUUUUGUGUUAACUUUUUUUACUGUUAACAUUCAGGUUUUAUUUUUAGUUAUCGCCACUUGUGACGUUUACAGCUAACUAAAUAUAUACUAAAUACUAAAUAAAAGCGAUACUUAAGUAACUUAGUAACGCAAUCAAAA